UCGUCGCGCAGAGAAGGCAGCAGCUGUUCAACAGCUUUCCCGUGUCAUCUCGCUUUCGUUUCCCCAUUCAGCAACUCCCCAUUCCUACAUGCCCGUUCCCAUUCGUUGAUAAAGAUGCCUGCACCUGCAACUGCAACUCCCCUUUAUCUCCAUCGGGUCUCGUUGUAACUCGUCUAUACCCUCCGGCUCACACACUAUGUUGCGCCGCUUCCACAUCCCCUUCCUCAUGGCUUGCGCCGUGCUGAGUGCCAGCCCAGCGGCCCUCGCUGACGAUGCCCAGCAGCGGCGUGACGGCGUAGAUCCCACGCAGCCCGUGGGUACGAACCCGAUCACCAAGUUCGAGACGGUGUACCUAGGGCAGCAAGUCGCGAACAACAGCUGCAGCCACCGGGACCUCGGGUUCACGGGCGAGCUGCAGGGCAAGUGGUACGCGGUGUUCGGCGACACGCUGUGGUGCGCGCAGCCCCUGACGGACCCGAGCCAGGACAACGCGAGCGAGUUCCACGGCAUGGUGCGCGACUCGCUGUCGCUGACCACCGACGACCCGCUGCUCGUCGUCGACCUGCAUCUCAACGACGACAGCCCCGUGCGCCACCAGCAGCAGUUCGUUCCGUUCAACGCUUCUUGGGGCGAGGAUAACACGUACGGCUUCGGUGGCACGAGUCUUGUCGAGACGGCGAAUGGAGCUGGGGCUGUCUUCUACCUUGUCAACGCCAACAGCGCGGGCCUCAAAGGCGCCGGCGUCGCCAAAGUCGAGCUCGUAUCCGGCGUCCCCACCGUGACCAAACGCUUCGGCGCCCAGGGGUACUGGUGGCCGGCCUCCAGCACGCCGCGGUACGGCGACGUGGCCGCGUUCCGGGACCCGCGGUCGGAGUACAUUUACGCGUGGGGCGGGGCGCCGACGUCGGUGACCGACUUCACCGGCGCGCAGUACGUGUACCUUUUGCGCGUGCGCGCCGCCGACGCGUACGAUCUGGCCAAGUACGAGUACUGGUGGGGCGCGGCCGAUGGGGGCUGGAAGACGGGCGAGCCGCUUACGCAAUUCGGCGCUGAGAACGCGGUGAUGUGGUUCGUGGGCCAGGGACAGUUCGUGUGGAGCGAGUUUUGGGGCGUUUAUGUUUUUGUGCAUUUGAGUCCUGGAGGUAGCGACGUCUUACUUCGAACCGCGACGGCUCUUGAGGGUCCGUGGACCCCGGAUGUUAAGGUGUAUACGGCGACGCCGAUUGAUGGUGGUCUGACGUAUGCGGGUGUCGCUCACCCGUAUCUUGAUGCCAGUGGGCGGACGCUGACUAUUUCGUUUACGAAUAACAACCACAUCGAAGUCAUCAAGGUUACGUUUUCGAAAUAAAUCAGGGAAAUGGUUGGGUGUUAGCAAAGUGAGCUUUACUUAAGUAGUGACUUAGGUACAUUGUAUGUGAGCGUGUAUAUCCAAAAGGGGUGGGUUCUAAUAGGUUGUAGCCAUUACCUACCUAGGUACACACUUAGAAAAGUUCUGGGUACGGUCUUGAUUCUGUGGCUUCUAUCUAAGGGGAUAUUAUUCUAGUGACACAUACGUAGGUAGUAAAGGCAAAUGAACCAUUUUAGGAACAAAGCUGGUUGCUUUGACAAACUCGGGACCUUAUGGACCAUCUACAGAGGCUAAACAACAUAUUCAUUUCUCCAUGCAGGCUCCUAGCAGAUCAUAUGCGACUGGAAUUCGAUCUAAGACCAUCACCUCAGCUCAUCUCACACACUUCAACCAAUCUUGACAGCCAGGAGAAGUUCAUCCCAAUGUGUUGUUUAAUUCAAUAUUCAUAAACCAUAAUCCGUAAACCAAGCAACGUACCUAAAUAUCAUCAACUGGCCCACGGUAAAAAUAGCAAGCCACAACUAUGUAUACACGAACCAAACAUAUCCCGUCCAACCUUCCCAUCAUAGCUUAUCAUCAUAAAACCUCCACUCGGAUUUAAAGUCCUUCUUAAGUUCCUUAUCCAAAAUCAGCGCUCUCAGCAUCUCGAUAGGCAU